AACCCUAAUAAAACCCUAGCGCGAAGCUCCCACAGGAAACACACAUCAAAUCUUUCUCUAGCCACAGCAUCUAUCUGCAAUGAAGACAAUAUCAGGGAAAGUAAUAUCAACGAAGCCGGUUUCUCUUUCCGAUGCCGCCGCCAUCCUCUCCGAUUUCGCGGCCACGGAAACUGGGGCUUCCGAUGCUGUGUCCGUCUAUAUCAGACGCGCCGCCGAUGCAUUCAAUCAAUUGGUUCAGUUUCACCAUGAUCUUCGCUAUCCAAAUUCUGGAACCAAGUUCCUUGCAAAGGAACGCGUCGAGUAUGCGCUAAAAAGCUCGCAAAAUCGCGAGAUUUUUGUUAAACAAGAAGAAUCUGUAAAGGUUGAGCAAUUUCCAGAAGAGAAGUUACAGAAGAAGAAGCACAAGAAGCAAGGGAAUGUCAAAAUCGGAGAUUUAGAUAUCAAGAACGAAGCUUUAGUUAAAACUGAGCCAGACUCUCUUGCAACCGAAGAAAACAGGAAAAAUAAGAAUUAUGGUGCGGAGAAAGUGAAGAAAGAAGUCAAGGUAAAGAUUGAAAAGGGCGAAGAAGAUAGGGUUGGUGUUUCGGGUGAUGGGAAAUACCAGGAAAGUAAAUAUGUGAAGGUGAAGACUGAACCAGAGCUUGAUGUAGUUGAGGGAGACAGUAUGAAGAAGAAGGAUAAGAAAAAGAAAAAGAAAAAAUUGAGUGAAGGCAAUGAGGGUGAAGGUGGAGAGACUUUGGUGGUUGAGACAAAGAAGAGGAAGAGUGAAGAUUUGGAUGGUUCAGCCGAGCAGAAUAGUAAGAAAAAAAAGAGUAAAAAGCAGAGAGUUGAAGCCAAAUAGUUUCAAGUGGCCUUAUUCAUGGUUGGUUGUUGUUGUGCUGUUAUUUGUUAAUCCGGUCUGGCUGAAAGCUUUUCUAAUCUUUCAAUGAAAGAAGCCAUUGAUGGAAUCUGGCAUUGCUUCACCUCUUGGUUGGGGGGCUGGGGGGAGAGUCAAAGGAGAGCCUCAGAUUAUUCACUAAAUCAAGCGGAUUUCACUAGGAUUUACUGUCUCUCCCAACCUAUUUUCAUGUCUGGUAGCUGGCACAGAGGACUGGAAUAUUUAUUCUAUCUGUGCAACUCGGUUUUGAGCAAUUAUACCAACUAGUUUGUUCAUUAUCAAACUUGCAAUUGUGAUCAAUUGUGGAAGAAAACUCAGAUUUCAUGUUGCAUGCAUGUAUUUGAGUUUAUAACACUCACAAAUAUCCCACACUGAUUUCGCUCUAACAUAUCAUACAUUUGAAACAAAAGGGUGUCUAAUGAACUAGUUGGAAUUGUAACAACUCUCAACAGCA